AUGUCGCAGGAGCGAGGAAUUACAAUCCUGGCAAAAAACGCCGCUGUGACGUACAAAGGAAUCAAGAUCAACUUAGUGGACACCCCUGGCCACGCGGACUUCGGCGCUGAAGUCGAGCGGAUCCUGAACAUGGCUGAUGCCUGCCUUUUGCUGGUAGAUGCUGCUGAAGGCCCCAUGCCGCAGACCAAGUUCGUCCUGAGGCAGGCUCUAAAGCUGCAGAAGAAGAUCAUCGUUUGCAUCAACAAGGUAGACAAGCCUGCAUCCAGAGUUGAUUGGGUCUUGGACACGACCUUCGACUUGUUCGGAUGCCUGGGCGCAGAUGAUGAAGCCUGCGACUUUCCGGUGGUCUAUGCCUCUGGCUUCCAGGGUGUCGCAUCCACCGAAGGCCCGGAUGAGCUCGAGAAGGAUUUGACUCCCUUGUUGGACACCAUUCUGCAGGAGACUCCUCCGCCCAAAGUUGAUAGUACAGCUCCCUUGCAAAUGUUGGUGUCCAACCUGGACUACGACGACUACGUUGGGCGUAUCUGCAUUGGUCGCCUCAUUUCUGGCGAGUUGAAGGUCGGUCAGGAGGUGGGGAUCAUGUAUGGUGAAGAUGGUGAACUUCGGAAGGGAACUGUCACAAAACUUUGGCAAUUCAAGAAUAAUGACAAAGACCCAACUGACAUUGUCAAAGCAGGUGACAUUUGCUGCUUCUCAGGCAUUAGCGAGGUGAUGAUUGGUGACACAGUGGUGGACACUCAGACGCCUUUGCCCCUUCCGCCGAUCCAGGUUGAGGAGCCCACAGUGGCCAUGGAGUUCACCAUCAACAAAUCUCCCUUUGCAGGUAAGCUCAAGGAGUCCACCAAGGUCACGGCACCACAGCUGAAGGCACGCUUGGAGAAGGAGUGCCUCACGAAUCUGGCGAUCCGCAUGGAGCCCGGAAGCACGACUGAAAGCUUCAAAGUGAAGGGCCGUGGUACCUUGCAGCUGGGCAUUCUGAUGGAGAACAUGCGCAGAGAGGGCUUCGAGUUCAUGGUCAGUGCUCCUGAAGUUCUAUUGCGUGAAGACCCAGAGACGGGCAAGAAGCUGGAGCCCUACGAGGAAGUAGUCAUUGACGUGCCCAACGAAUACCAAGGUGUGAUCAUGGAGGAAAUGCAGAAGAAGAUGGGAGUCAUGAACAGCAUGGAGUCUGGAGCCGUCGAGAACUCCACCGUGCUCACCUUCGAGAUUCCGACGCGUUGUACCAUCGGAAUGCCAGGAAGGUUUGCACAGAGGACCUCUGGCAGCGCAGUGAUGUCUUCACAGUUCUCACACUGGGGAGAGUUCGAUGGGAGCUCUGUGAAGAUUCGGGAGAAAGGCUCCAUUUGCACCACAGCCACGGGGAAGGCGACCUUCUACAGCAUUCUGAACUUCCAGCAGCGUGGCAAGUUCUUUGUAGAGCAUGCUGAAGAAGUCUAUGCUGGCCAAGUGAUUGGGCUGCACAACAAGGAAAUUGACCUCGAUGUGAACAUCACCAAGGAGAAAGCGGUGUCCAAUGUCCGGGCAGCCUCAGGUAGCUUCACAGUGAACCUUCCGCCCAAAGUCGAGAUGAGUAUCGAUGACUGGCUGGGCCACAUGGACACGGACGAGGUUUUGGAGGUUACACCCGUAGACUGCCGCUUGGCCAAGAAGCAUGCUGUCAAGAUGAAGUGA